UUAAAAAAAUAACUAUAUGUGUUUGGUGGAGAUGCCACCAUUUAUUUAGUGUUCUUUCAAAAUUGCGUUUUACUUGAAAAUACGUAGGAAACCAGUCAAAUUUACUAUUACAGUUUUCGUCUAAAAAUAAACUCUUUAAGUUCAUUGAAACGACAACGCCCAGACAUUUUGUUCGAGUCGCAUGCUGAUCUUUAUUUGUGACACAAUAUAUCAAAUCAAUUCGUGCAGUUAAAAAAUAAAUGAUUGCCAAAAUUUAUAAAUAACUAUGUUUUAAUGACGUUCUUCAUUUACUCCAUAUAAUAGUGAUAAUGGUGUCGUCUGUAUUGGUGAUAUUAUUGUUUCUUGUUUAUACUACGAAUUGCUAUGUGAAACAGGUGUAUAAAGUUGGAGGUCUUUUCAAUGAUGAGAAUCAAGUUCAAGCCUUCACAACUGCAAUAGACAUUAUGAACAAGAAAUACGAAUUGUCGCAAAUGCAACUUGUACCAGUUCCAACCAUCAUACCUACGCACAAAGUACUUCUUUCCUACAACAAAGCCUGCAAAUUACUAUCGCAAGGCAUCAUAGGUCUCUUUGGACCAAGUUCAACCCACUCAUCCUCUUAUAUUCAGUCGUUGUGCGAUCUGAAAGAGAUACCACACAUCGAAACCCACCGAGACUUGAAUUUGGAAAGAGACAAUACCCUGGUGAAUGUCCAUCCUCAUCCCAGUAUCCUUUCUCGAGUAGUAUUUGAUCUAAUAGAGGAAUUCGAUUGGAAAAGUAUGAUAAUUCUCUACGACACUGAUGAAAAUUUGCUGAGUGUCAGCACUAUUUUGGAAUUUAACUCGCUGGGACGAACAGUAGUUUUGAGACAGCUAGAAGUUGGUAAUACCAACGAAGUUGAUGGGUACCGUACUAUGCUGACCAAGGUUAAGCUUACAAAAGAAACGAAGUUUGUGAUCGUUUGUUCUACCGAUAUUUUGGAAACAGUUUUGAAGCAAAUGCAAGAAGUUGGAAUGAUGACUGAUAUAUACAGCUACAUUAUUGCUGACUUGGAUAUGCAGACUAUUGAGCUUCAACCAUUUCAAUACGCCGGAACAAACAUCACUGGGAUUCGGAUGAUUGAUCCUGAAAGGAAAGAAGUCAUUGCUACAGCCGGGGAGAUUCGGAAGAGGAGAAAUGUUUCCGAUCCUCUAGAAGACCUUGCAGUUAUUGCUGCUUGGAAGCUGAAACUUGAGUCAGCUUUGAUCGUGGAUGCUGUUAAAUUGUUCUAUGAGACCAUACACUCGUUAACAGCAGAUGACAAAAUGUUUAUCAAUGCGACACCAAUUUAUUGCAAAUCGAAUGACAAUUGGGCAGAAGGCUACACCAUAAUAAAUCUUAUGAAAAUGAUGAGCGUGGAAGGUUUAACUGGUACAGUGAAGUUUGAUUUUGAAGGAUUUAGAAAUAAUUUCAUAGUGGAUAUUCUUGAACUUGCUCCUGCAGGUUUACUGAGAGUUGGUGGCUGGAAUUCUAGCUCUAGAAGCUUUAAAUUUGAGCGCCCAUACAAAGCUCCUUUAUCGGAUGAUAAACAAAGCAGUCUAUUUAAUAGAACUUUCACAGUUUUAAUCACUAUUUUACCACCCUAUGCAAUGCUGACAGAAACUGCCACACAGUUGGUUGGUAACGAGAGGUACGAAGGAUACUGCGUAGAUCUUAUCGAUAGCUUGUCAAAACUGCUAGGGUUUAAUUAUACCUUUAUAGUGCAGGAAGAUAAAAAUAAUGGAAAUUUAAAUAAGACUAAUAACAAGUGGAAUGGAAUGAUAGGAGAAGUAAUCGAAGGGAGAGCUGACCUUGCAAUUACAGAUUUAACCAUAACUUCCGAAAGAGAAGGAGAUGUUGACUUUACCAUGCCAUUCAUGAAUUUAGGUAUCAGUAUACUCUACAGGAAGCCAGAACCAGUUCCCGAGAGUCUGUUUAUGUUUGCCAGACCAUUUUCAUUGUCUGUAUGGAUAAUGCUAGGAGUGUCUUACUUUUUAGUAUCAUUAGCGUUCUUUAUCAUGGGAAGGUUGUCGCCUACGGAAUGGCAAAACCCAUAUCCCUGUGUGGAAGAACCAGAACAUUUAGUCAAUCAAUUUUCCAUAAGAAAUUCGCUGUGGUUUACGAUCGGCGCUUUGAUGCAGCAAGGAACAGAAUUAGCGCCAAUUGCAAUUUCCACUAGAACUUUAUCAGGGGUUUGGUGGUUCUUCGUGUUAAUCAUGGUUUCCUCAUACACUGCCAACUUGGCAGCGUUCCUGACUGUCGAGACCUUAGUGACUCCUUUCAAAAAUAUCAACGAACUGGCUGCUCAAAAAGAGAUCAAAUAUGGGGCGAAGGUUAAUGGAUCCACGGCCAAUUAUUUUAGGGAUGCCAAUUUAAGUUCUUACAAUGAAAUAUGGAAGUAUAUGGUACGCCAUCCAGAAAAUAUGAUGAGUGAUAAUGAUGAUGCUGUGAGAAAGGUUGAAUCUGAAAACUAUGCCUUUCUUAUGGAAUCUACUUCCAUAGAAUAUGCCACUGAGAGGCAUUGCACCUUGGCACAAGUAGGAGGGCUUUUAGACGACAAAGGUUAUGGAAUUGCUAUGGCAAAAGAUUCACCUUAUCGCAAUGAGCUGAGCAGAGCAGUUCUAAAGCUACAAGAGACUGGUGUUUUGACAAGUCUUAAAAUAAAAUGGUGGAAAGAGAAGAGAGGAGGUGGUAAAUGCUCUAGAAAAUCUGAGGGUGGUGCAGCCACACCUUUAGAUUUACAAAAUGUCGGAGGAGUUUUCUUGGUGCUCUUCGUUGGUUCAGUAUUGGCUUUUAUUGGUUCCUUCGUAGAACUAGCUGUGAGAGUUUAUCGCAUAUCAAAAGGCAAGAAGUUGCCUUUUAAAGUGGCAUUAAAGAGGGAACUGAAAUUUUUCGUGCAGUUUAAAGAAAACGUUAAAGAUGUCCCGGAUUCGAACACAGAGGAUGCUAAUGAUAACAAUUUAAUUGAUAAAACUGAAAUUGAAUAUUAAUUUAUUGUUGCCUUAAAAUUCAGUUCUGUACUGUUGAAGAAACUUAUCUGCACAGCUUUUUAUUUUUAGCAAAAAAUCUUUUGCUUAAAAGGUUAUCUGUACUUCACAGUUUAAGAUUAUGUCAGAAAGACAGAUAUGUAUUACAAAUACCUCAUUAAAAGAGCACACGGAAUAAA